AUGGCUGAGCUGAUCGACCCGACAGCCAAGGGCAACUACCCCAUCAUUCUCGGCGAUGGCCUGCUGGGGAAGACGCCCAACGAGAUCUUUACCGGCAUUCGCUACAACCACAAGCCCUCGUUCCCUGCGACCGACGCACGCUUGAAGCCCUCGCUCCCUGGAAAGACGACUUCCUACGACUUGAGCUUUCCCAGCCCCGAAGGAACGGUGGGAUUCGCCGGAACGCGGUCGACCGACGAUGACGACUACGUGCUGUGGUUCGACCCCGAGCGCAAGGCGUUUGUCCUUGACAAGGUCGAUUCGACGUUCAAUAUGAAUCUCACGCGCAUCCCCGGAAACAGCAAUCCCGAGGAGCUGCGACGGCGAUACCCUCAUCUGGAGAGCGGCCAGUCGCAAAAGGCGGGAGAUAAGAAGAACGCAGCGAACAAAGACAAAUCGAAGGCAACGCCCAAGGUCGACAAGCAGCCACUGGAGAAGAAACCGUUGGAUAAGAAGUCGGCGGAGAAGAGGUCUCUGGAGAAGAAGAUAUUCGAGAGAAAGCAGCUGGACAAGAAGCUGCCCAAGAAGGUUGAUCUGGCGCUUCCCACGCCUCAGCCGCCGAAGCCAGCACAGCCCGAGUCUCGAAAGAAAAAGGACGAUGACGAUGAUGAGGAAGACGAGGACGACGAUGGCGAUCUCCUCAUCGAGUAUCCUGGCGCAGAGAAUCCGGCAAGGCAGACCCAUUUCUCGCCGUCGUUUCCCGCCCCUCGGCGCUUUGACGACUUCAUGGACCAGCGCGAGUCCGAGGUGGAGGAAGAGGAAGAAGACAACGAAGACGACGAUGGCGGCAUGGAUCCAGACACGGACUUUAAGCUGCCCAGUCCACUAGACCUGGAACAAGAGUUGGAGAAUGCUUUUGAAAAGCUGGAGAGCAAUGACCAAGACAGCGGUAACAACGGCUACUACUACAGCAACAAUGCCGAUGACGACGAGAGUGAGAUUAGUGAGGAGGACUAGACAAGAGCUCGACAGGCGAAUUCGGCUGGGAUUACUUUGGGCAAAGACAGGGCAACAGAUGGGGUCAGGGAGUUGAUGGUACUUCUCGGGUCUCUUUUUUCCCUCCAUCGCUUUUUCCUUUUUUGUUUGACUUCUUUAUGAUUUAUUGACUUUGCCGUGGGACUUG